CCAACGAAAUGGCCGACCCAGGUUUUAUUCUGAUCGACCAAAAAUAACAACUUAAACUAAGUGCGGUCGACCAGGUGGUCGUUGACGUCGACCGCAAUGCUUUCUCGUGCUGCCCAAAUUAGUCGAUUCGGUCGACCGCCUUCAGCAAUAGGUCGACUGAAAAGUGCAUGUCACCGUGACAUGCAUGUCAUAGUAGGCAUACCCUAAAAGUUAAACCACACCUUUGUUUCUUCCCAACGGCAUCUCGCUCUAGCCAUGAGGUGUGUCAAUUGAUUGUCACAUCUUCCCCCAAAUCUCCAUUUCAUUUAUGCCCCGUCUUUACCAAAUCAGGAAUUUCUUGACAGACCAUUUCAAUCUCUAUCUCCGUCUUCUUCUCCUUAUCAAUCAACGAUUUGGAAUCUAAUUCCAUCAAGACCGGACGAUAUUUUAGAUCAAUUUGAAUUCAACAAUUAUGUCUAUUUUCAGAUUGUUUGUUUACGCCUAAAUUUAGGCAUGGUCCCUUACACACUAAGCUAGUAGUAGCCUAGUAGCUAGUGUCAUCACUCAUCACUGCAACUUUUGUUUACCCGCGGCGGUUUCGUGUAUAGUAUUAGUACCUUACAAAUACAAUCCUGAUCUUAAGCCUUGCAGUGCCGCAUUUUUAACGUUUUGAAUCCCUGAUCAGGCCGCAGUUUUGACUUUUCCUCCGAUCCAAGCCACUACAAUUCGUCAAUUCGCCCGCUUCGCCGUCACGUCCGGGGUGCUUUCCUCCUGAUCCAAAGCACAAACAAGCGAGCAGUCUUCGGCUGCACUCCACAGUCCAAAAUCAAUUUUAAGCAUCUUUGCGUGCCGAAAAGUUGCCCUCCUUGAAGAGGCAUCGGGGCACCCCGCCCAACACUCGUAAUAUCCUCAAAUUCCUCACCUUGUCAACUUCCCUCCAAGCUAUUCCGCCUCGGGCCAUUUCUGGGUUCCUCAUUCGGCACUGUCUGAGUUCCGGAAUCUGUACGAAUUUCCUUUCUUGAAACUUUAUCUGACUUCCCUCCUCCCGCUCCGUACUUUCGAACCAUUUGCAGAGUCAUAUAUUGGGUUCUGGCGGGAUUGAUCCUCUAUUUAAUGCACGACCUUAGGCUCUGCUUUUGGGAACAAGGUCAGGACUGAGAUUUACGCAUUGAGUUCCAUAGAGACGGCGAGAGCAAGUAUGGGUUUACUAGUGCCGAGUUUGAAUGUUUGUCCUCGGAGUCGAUGUGGGUUGUUUUGGGUUUUGGUUGUACUGUUGUUGGGGAGUAGUACUAGGGUGGCGUUCUCCGAUUCCAAGUACUUGGUUGGCCUCGGAACCUACGACAUCACUGGCCCUGCUGCUGAUGUGAAUAUGAUGGGUUACGCUAUGAUGGAACAGACCACCUCUGGCGUUCACUUCAGGCUGCGAGCUCGGAGUUUUAUCGUGGCGGAGCCGGGAAAGAACCGAGUGUUGUUUGUCAACCUGGAUGCUUGUAUGGCCUCGCAGAUUGUGACCAUCAAAGUGCUUGAGAGGUUGAAGGCCAGGUAUGGAGACUUGUACACGGAGAAGAAUGUUGCUAUCAGUGGGAUUCACACUCAUGCUGGCCCUGCGGGCUAUCUCCAGUAUGUUGUGUAUACUGUGACUUCUCUAGGCUUUGUUCGUCAGUCAUUCGAUGCCCUUGUAGAUGGCAUUGAGCAAAGCGUUAUUCAAGCACACGAUAAUCUCCGGCCUGGAUCAAUUAAUGUGAACGCAGGGGAAGUCAUGGAUGCUGGUAUAAAUCGAAGUCCUAGUGCAUAUCUGAAUAAUCCUUCUGAAGAGCGCAGUAAAUACAAAUAUGAUGUCGACAAAGAAAUGACCCUCAUAAAGUUUGUGGAUGAUGAAUGGGGUCCAAUUGGUAGUUUCAACUGGUUUGCCACUCAUGGAACCUCUAUGACUAACACGAACUCUUUGAUAAGUGGGGAUAACAAGGGUGCUGCUGCCCGAUUCAUGGAAGACUGGUUUGAGCAGAAUAACAGUGCAAGUUCCGAGUCUGUUGAAAGUGCAGGAGAAGGAAUCCCAAGGAGAGUUUCUAGUAUCAUUCCAGAUGUGCAGAGCCACCACCGCGAGCAUGAGCUACUGGAGCUUGCUGCAUCUUUUGGUUCCACUCCUGGUAAACCAGCAACUAAGACUCUAAGUGUUGCAGGUCGAGUAAGGAGUGCUCUCAGGAAGGCAGACAAACCUAGUUUUGUGUCUGCGUUUUGUCAGUCUAACUGUGGUGAUGUUAGUCCCAAUGUGCUUGGAGCUUUUUGUACGGAUACUGGGCUUCCCUGUGACUUCAAUCACAGUACCUGUGACGGGAAGAAUGAGCUGUGUGUUGCCCGAGGACCUGGUUACCCCGAUGAGUUUGAAAGUACACGUAUCAUUGGAGAAAGACAAUUCAGGAAAGCAGUGGAGCUUUUCAAUAAUGCAACUGAGGAAUUGACAGGAGAGAUUGACUAUCGCCAUGCUUAUCUUGACUUCUCUCAGCUUGAUGUAAUGGUCCCUAAACAAGGUGGAGGUACUGAAGCCGUGAAGACAUGUCCUGCUGCAAUGGGGUUUGCAUUUGCUGCUGGAACUACAGAUGGACCAGGAGCUUUUGAUUUUAAGCAAGGAGAUGACAAGGGAAAUGCCUUCUGGAAGCUGGUGCGCAACAUGCUGAAGUCCCCAACUAAAGAACAGGUUGCUUGUCAGCAACCAAAGCCUGUCUUGCUUGAUACUGGUGAAAUGACGCUACCCUAUCAGUGGGCACCUUCGGUUCUUCCAAUCCAAAUCCUUCGUGUGGGUCAGCUAGUUAUUCUCAGCGUUCCUGGAGAAUUCACAACCAUGGCUGGAAGGCGACUUCGGGAUGCUGUGAAGCAGGUGAUGACCCGUGGCAAGAAUGAAAAACUCCACGUUGUUAUAGCUGGGUUGACUAAUACCUACUCACAGUACAUAACCACCUUUGAAGAGUACGAAAUACAGAGAUAUGAGGGUGCCUCUACUCUAUAUGGUCCACACACACUGAGUGCAUACAUUCAAGAGUUCAAGAAGCUUGCAGGGGCUCUCAUUCGAGACCAACCCGUGGAGCCAGGUCCUCAGCCGCCAGAUAUGCUCAGCAAGCAGAUCAGCAUGCUGACACCCGUCCUCAUGGACACUACCCCACUCGGCACUCAUUUUGGCGACUGCAGCACUGACGUCCCCAAGAACGCUACUUACAAGAGAGGCGACAUGGUGAGUGUCGUGUUCUUGUCGGCUUGCCCCAGGAAUGAUCUCAUGACGGAAGGCACAUUUGCAGUGGUGGAGAUCCUUCAGGACAUGGAUACAUGGGUCCCAGCGUACGAUGACGAUGAUUUCUGCUUGAGGUUCAUAUGGUCGAGGCCUGCCAAGCUGAGCUCUCGCAGCCAUGCUACCAUCGAGUGGAGGAUCCCCCAGUCAGCCACCCCUGGUGUGUACAGGAUCAGACAUUUUGGUGCUGCCAAGGCGCUUUUUGGUUCCGUUCGCCAUUUCACUGGCUCCUCUAGCGCCUUUGUUGUGGCAUGAGGUAUGGUACGUCUUUGUUCUUCAAAGGGAUCAUAGAAGACGAUGGACCCAUUUCUUGUUUGUGUUCACACGACUUGAUGUAAAAAUUAAUUUGGUGUAAUAUAUCGCAUUCGUUUGGUGGGAAAUGGUAAUUGAACCAUGUCGAAGAAGCGGCAAAUUUAGUACUUUGGGAUUGUUCCGAGCAUCAUUAGUACUUAAUCCUAUAUUUUCCUUAAGAGUAGUUUGGUUGUGGGAUUUUAAAACCAUGAAUUUUCGGAUUGAAGAAUCAUGUAGGAUUUUUUUUCAUUUUGAAUUUGUGUUGGAUUUUGAAAAGUGUUUGUUUGUUAGAAUUUCAUAUGAGAUUUGUCUCAUUGGGAUUUAUUAAUAAUAGGUUGAAUUUACA